AUGCCGAAGCGGAAGGAGCCCGGCAAGCCCCUCCGCAUCAAAGUCAUCUCCAUGGGCAACGCCGAAGUGGGGAAAAGCUGUAUUAUCAAGCGAUACUGUGAGAAAAGAUUUGUGUCUAAAUAUCUGGCGACGAUUGGAAUUGACUAUGGAGUCACAAAGGUGCAAGUCAGAGACCGAGAAGUCAAGGUUAACAUCUUUGAUAUGGCUGGACACCCCUUCUUCUAUGAGGUUCGCAAUGAGUUUUACAAGGACACACAGGGUGUGAUUCUGGUGUAUGAUGUCGGGCAGAAAGACUCCUUUGACGCCCUCGAGGCGUGGCUGGCUGAAAUGAAGCAGGAGCUUGGCUCCCAUGGGAACAUGGAAAACAUUGUGUUUGUCGUGUGCGCCAACAAGAUUGACUGUAGCAAGCAUCGCUGUGUCGAUGCCAGUGAAGGGCGUCUUUGGGCUGAAAGCAAAGGGUUCCUGUACUUCGAAACUUCAGCACAAACUGGAGAAGGAAUCAGUGAGAUGUUCCAGACCUUUUACGUGUCCAUCGUUGAUUUGUGUGAGAACGGCGGGAAGCGUCCAGUCACAAACAGCAAUGCGAGUUUCACCAAAGAACAAGCAGACAGCAUUCGCAGGAUCCGAAACAGUAAAGACAGUUGGGGCAUGCUGGGAGUCAAACCUGGGGCCUCCAGGGACGAAGUCAACAGAGCCUACCGGAAGCUGGCCGUGCUGCUCCACCCGGACAAGUGCGUAGCGCCGGGGAGUGAAGAUGCCUUCAAAGCCGUCGUGAAUGCCCGGACCGCCCUCCUGAAAAACAUCAAGUAGAGGGGAGAGGAAAGGAGGCAGUGGGCAGGACCCAAGUGGACAUGGACCGCAGGAGCCAGCGUGGGGUCUGCCUCCCUGGCCACUUUGUUCACUGGGGUCAGUUGUCACAUGCAAAGCAUUCAGUUGCCCGGGACCAUUUCCUAGGGGUUGGCAGAAGCUGCCCGCCAUUCAGACCUUCGCUGUCCCCCUGCAUUUAGUACUUGUCAGUAAGCUACCUUUCUUGGUCA